AUGAAGUCCGAGAUUGAAUUACUUAUUAAACAAAAGGAAGAAGAUCACAAAGAAAUCACUGAAUCAUUCCAAUUACAUACAAUUAUUUUCAAUGAAAAGAUAAAAGAAUUACAAAACAAAAUCCAAUAUAAAAAGAAUAAAAUGUGUCAAGAUGUUUCUGAAAUUUUCCAAAAAUACCAAUUAGCCUCUAAUGAAUUGAAUCAAAUUAGUGAAAACCAUGCAAGAAACAUUCAAAGAAAUUAA